AUGGAGAGCCGUAAAAAACGACGAAUCCGUCCACGAGCAAAUCCUCCCAUCAGCAAGCUUGGAGACGAUGCCCUGAUAGAAAUUCUGAUUCGCCUCCCCAACCCUCGAUACGCCUGCCGCUGCAAAUCUGUUUGCAAGCGCUGGAGGUCCCUGAUGUCGAGCCCCGCCUUCAAUCGCGGUUUCGCUUCCCACUACCAGGAUAUGACGAUCCCUAUUCCCUCUGACGACCCGCUUUUGAAAUCAUCGAUCAUCAUGAGCUUCCUUCCUCAAGAUCCUUUGGACAAUCGAUCAGAACUCAGAGUCCUGGAUUGCUUCAAGGAUUUGCUUUUAUGCGGGUUUUGGGAUUGCUUGACUACUCAUACAGAAAUGGUCAGAACGUUUUUGGUUUGCAAUCCGUUUACGAAGCAAUGGUUAGCACUUCCUGUAGCUCCAGACAAGCCCAAGGGUUGUCGUUGGACGGUCUCCAGGUUAGUUUGUGAACCCCGCAUUUCUUUUGAUCUUGAUCUAGGACCAGAAGGAGAGGACCAAAGUUCAUUCCUUGUUUAUUCGGAGUAUCGGUUCCGGGUGUUGUCUAUCUAUCAAGAUAGGACAUCAAUCAAACUCGACAUGUUCUGUUCCGAGUCUGGGGAGUGGACCAAAGAAGCUCUUAUUCUUGAUGGAUAUCGCUUACUCGAUUACAAAAAUGUAUGGUCCUGCAAUGGGGAGUUGUUUUGGUCUUGCGUUAAGGAUGAACAAGGGGAUGAUCCAUUGCUUGCUUCGCUUAAUGCUUUUUGCCUUGAUACGCCUAUUGAUAUUUAUGCUUGUCCGCUCUUCGACAAGACAAAGCAGUGGGAUCUUUCAAUCUCACAGGGUGCUCUGCACGUAAUUUUGCGCGAAAUGCAAACUGAAACUGUAAGCGUUUGGAGACGGGAAGAAGAUGGCAGGUCAUGGACGAUGCAAUGUGAAGGGUCGUUGAAGACGGGUACAUCAUCAUCAAUGUCUUACUUUGAUCUCAACUACUAUUCUAUACUUAAUACUCAUCCAGAGAGGCCAGAAGUUGUUUACUUUAAUUAUCAACCUCCUUAUAUCCUAGAUGGAGCUACCUUGUCCUACGAUCUGAAGCGGGGAGAAUUAGAGUACGUCAAUUUUAUAAUGCUAUAUACACCUCAUUGGACGGUGUUCCAACCUAGGGUCUCCUGCUGGCCUACUCCAAUUCCAAGGUACGAGGAAUUGCGAGGUAUCUACAAUGGGAAAAUGAGCUGGUUCAGAGUACCAAGCAACCACAACUCUCUCGAUACUGCUCAUCGAAACAAGUACAAAAGAUCGACAAGAAAGAGGGACUCUGGGGUUGGUUUGAUUGCUGAACCGAUAGAGGAAUGCCAAUCCAGUAACCACGGUGUGGCAAGUAACAACAAGUCCUUGGGUACUGCUCACCGAAAGAAGUGCAAAAGAUCAGCAAGAAAGCAGGGCUUUGGGGUUGGUUCGAUCGCUGAACCGAUAGACGAAUGGCAAUCACACAACCAUGGAAUCGAUCAAUUAUACCCAGGCAGACGUUGCUUGCGAAUCAAGUAG